AUGAUGGUUUCAGGGGAAGUUGUUAUGCUUGUGUUUGGUGAAGUGGAAGCGCUUUCACAUCUGAGCCGAGCAUGUCGACUGAAGGAGGGGUGCCAACUCCAAUCUGCCAGGGCUUUUUGAGGAAACGCAAGGACAAAAUGAAGCUUCGGUGGGUGACUUACUGGUUCAGACUUUACAAUACAACACUAUUUUUCUACACAAAGAAGCAUGGAAGUGCUUUAGAUCUCAGGGGACAAUAUUACAUAUAUGAGUUGCAGUCUGUGCGCGAGGUGAGCGGCUCGGAUAACAAACGCUAUCUUUUUGAGAUGACAAUGAAAAACGGGAAGAAAAAAUUGCUGGCUGCAGAUACAGUGGUUGACAGACAGCUGUGGAUGAAUCAGCUGUGGAAAGCCAUGCUGCUUAAUGGGGCUGACAGAACCGGACCUAUCCCUGAUGGGGAGCAAAUGUCAGAUAAUAAAUCUGAAACUCAAUCUGAAGACACCACUGCAACGAGUAGUAGAUGUUUCUCUUUUGAUCAAGAGUCAUUUAAAUCCUGCAGUAGUAAUGCUGAUGACAAACAAAGUCUGCACACAGACAAUGAAAUGGAGCUGAGCACCGAAGAGAUUUUACUGUCAGACUAUGACAUUCUCCCACCUCGAAAACUUACUGAAGAAGCCCUCUAUGAUACACUCCCUAGUACCUGGCCAGUCAGUAAGGAAGAGCAUGAGGUGACUGAUUGCAUUUAUGAUGUCCCGAACCUAUUGAUUAGGAAAAUGUCAGAACAAACAGUUGAAUGUCACAGCAGUAAUGUGAGGCCUGAGAGUGGAGGUCUUCUGAGUGAUAUGAUAUCAUGUUUAGACAGUGAAUCUGCUGCCUGGGUCAAAACUGCUCCACUGUGAUUCAUCUGCAAACUUCAUGAGCCACUUUAAGAGAAAAUGGUGAAAAAAUCAAUGUAUGUUAUGUUGUAAAUUUCAGUAUUGUUAAGCAUGUUUUUGGUUAUAAACCUCUAAUUAGCUUAAGCUAAACAUGUAAAUGUUACUUGUCUUGCCCCUAUUGUCUUAUGUCCUAAUUAAUAAUAAAUACAAAUUAAAUGAAGUCAGUAUGUAUACAGAAUGUUUGAAAAUUUCACAAUAUUCUGCACAUUCUGAUCAUGGUCAAGAGGAAACAAAAAGAAUGAGAAAGGGAUAACUAACAAUGAAUAUAAUUUCUAAAAGACGAGUUUACAAUAAUGGAAUUAAAGUGCAUUAAAGUGUCUGUUUGGAUUGGCCUUCUAAUGUGCCAUCUGUAACUUUUGCCUCUCCGAAACAAUAAAUUGCAGAGUUAUUUUUUUUACUUGGGUUAAAGUAAAAUG